GGUUCUGGAAGUAAAACCACAACGCCAGAACACAGCGGAGCAGCAUAUCAAAGCAGAUGCGAUGCCCAAUGCAAUUACAACUACAAUUGCAACGGCACUUGCAGCUGCAAUUCCUGCGUCCAAUAUGUCGGACUUAUGCAUCACAAGCUAGGAAACGACCCAGUAGACUCGAGAGCACGAUUUCGUUGGACCAUUUCCUCCAACGCAGUAAAGCCCUCUCCCUCUGGCGCGACAUCGUCCGCGGCUGCAAGAAGAUCUCCGAUCCUAGCACGAAAGCGGAGACGUUGAGGUUUGCGAAGGAGGAGUUUGUGAGGAAUAGGCGGGUUAAGGAUAUUACACAGAUCAGAUACCUUAUAUCGACGGGGAAGACACAAUGGGAGACUAUGGAGAGGUAUAUUGAUGGGUUAUGAGGAUAUCUAGUCUGGUCAGACGGACGUCCAUAUUCUGCGACAUUGCCACACACAGGAUUGGCCAAAGACUUCUUGGGGGGCUUCACUAGACGAAAACUGCUCCAAGCGGGAUAUAGAGGGGUAUAAUGGUCUCUAGUGCAAAUGCAAUACACGACCUCGACAGUAAAGUCGGGCCCAUAAAUCCUUCCCAAGACCGCCUGUCUAUCUUCGUACACUUAUCCAUCUUGUAAUCUCAACACUUAGAAUCCCAAACGCCAGCCCAUGCAUACAAUGCUGUAUUGUACAUUAUCCUCUCUUCCCCUUGCCCUUCAAUUCUCCGACCUCACUCCUCACUCAUGCUGUAGCGUUGGUCCCUUCCUAGCCAUAGCACCUUCAAGCAGUCGCGCGCAUCACCCCAAUUCCAUUCCAACCCAAUCCCUACUUCCCCUGCCGUUGCUUAUGCUUCGGGUUCAACGAGCAGAUGAUAUACACAUGGCCCUUUCCCGUCUUGCCUCCUUUCCUGCGUACACUCUGUAAAUGUAAUUAGCAUCUGUACACUACUUUUCUCUUAUCCGCAAAUGUCAACGAAACACAAUAGAAGCUGCAAAGCAUGCCUGCUCCCAACGACCAAAUCCCAGCAUCUAAGCCGAAACAUCCUCUCCUCCAUCUCGCCCUCUACCUCCUCUUUUCCUUCUUCACCUUCCCCCUCCCAUUCCCCCUCUCCCAUUUCUCAAUCUCUCAAUCUCCCAAUCUCCGUUCCAAGUCUCUCACACCACCAAAAAGAUAGCCAAAUCAACAUACCUUACACCCCUCACAAAGCUUCUUCACCGAACUCCUAACCUUCAUCCCUCUCACUUGUCCUUGCCCUUGCUUCAAUGCCCCCAAACCCAUCGCAGAUAUCAUCGGCCUACUCGAGCCCAAACUCAUCGCAGAAAACGCUCUCGUCGCACUCAAUGUGCGGGCCGCGAUCGAGGUGGAUGUGGAUCUGAGGGCGGAGGAAGAGGCUGUGCAUUGUCGAAUUGAGAAUGAAGGGAAGACCACGCGCGCGGUGCGAAGGAGGGAGGUGAGUGGUAUCAUUUUCGAACCUGGCGUGGGUUUUCAGUGCAACGGUAUUGGGAGAGGUGUGUUGCAGCAGAUGGUGGUUUGGAGAGAGAGCUUGAGG